GAAGUGGCGGUGCGAGGGCUGCUGCACAGCUAGCAGAGCCGCGGUCCGGACGGCAGCGCGUGCCCCGAGCUCUCCUCCUUCCCCCGCCCGCCAGUCCGAGGCAGCCCGAGCCCAGCCCGCAGCCCCAGCAGCAGAGCCGAGAGCAGUCCCAGCAGCAGCGCCAUGGCCGGGUGGAACGCCUACAUCGACAACCUCAUGGCGGACGGGACCUGUCAGGACGCGGCCAUCGUGGGCUACAAGGACUCGCCCUCCGUCUGGGCCGCCGUCCCCGGAAAAACCUUCGUCAACAUCACGCCAGCUGAGGUUGGUGUCCUGGUUGGCAAAGACCGGUCAAGUUUUUUCGUGAAUGGGCUGACACUUGGGGGCCAGAAAUGUUCUGUGAUCCGGGACUCACUGCUGCAGGAUGGGGAAUUUACCAUGGAUCUUCGUACCAAGAGCACCGGUGGAGCCCCCACCUUCAAUGUCACUGUCACCAUGACUGCCAAGACGCUAGUCCUGCUGAUGGGCAAAGAAGGUGUCCACGGUGGUUUGAUCAACAAGAAAUGUUAUGAAAUGGCUUCCCACCUGCGGCGUGCCCAGUACUGACCUCGUCUGUCCCUUCCCUCACCACUCCCCACAGCUUUUGCACCCCCUCCCUCCCAUACACACACAUAUACCAUUUUUAUUUUUUGGGCCAUUACCCCAUAUCCCUUAUUGCUGCCAAAACCACGGGCUGGGGCUGGGGCUGGGGCUGGGGCCGGGGCUGGAUGGAAAGAUACCUCCCCCUUACCCAUACCCCUCCUGUGUGUGGUUGGAAAAAUUUUUUUCUCAUUUUUGUUUUUUGUUUUGUUUUUGUUUUUGUUUUUUUUUUUUUUUUUUCUGAAUAAAAAAGAUU